GCAGGAAUCGAGAGCAACGUCCAGAUCACGGAGCGCGGCCUCUUUGGGGACGGAUGGUCUCGCUUCGUCCUGGCGCAGCUGCGCCGGCGCGCCAAGCGACGCUCGGAGCCGCUGGCAGAGCCGCUGCUGUUUGCCCUGCCGUACCCCACGUCGGUCCUGAGCCCCGCGAGCUUCACGAAAACCGACUACGCGGCCAUGUACAUGGCCAAGGCCAAGCGCAAGAUCGAGGUCUCGUUCACCGGGAACCUGUCCAAGAGCUCGAACCAGAACUGGAUCCGGACCCUGGUGCACCGCAAGGUCUCCGAGGUGGGCGGCGAGUCCAGCAGGAUGAUGGUCAACAGCAGCAUCCUAUGCCCCGGCUACAACAACUCGAAGCGGCCGCACUGUGGCCUGGGCAGGGGCUUCACCAUGUGGGACGUCGUGACGGACAGCACCUUCUGCAUCGAGCCUCCAGGCGACACCCCGACGCGGUCGCACUUCUACAUCGCGGCGCAGUCCGGCUGCGUGCCGGUGCUCUUCAACGGGGGCCACGCGGCCUACGAGGAGAACGAGCCAGCGUGGUUUGCCUGGCGCCAGUCGCCGGCCCAGCCCGGGGAGGAGGGGCUGCUGCCCCAGACCAUCGAGAGCUUAUUCCAGGACGCGAACAAGCUCGCAGUCGUCUUCAACUCGACCGACCUGCGCAGUCACAAGGUGGACGUCAUGAAGGAGCUCCUGACCAUGCAGUCGGCAAACCCCAAGCGCCUGCUGCACUUGCGCCACUCGCUCGACCUCGCGGCGCCGCUCAUGACCUACUCCUCCAAGGCGCCCAGCGUUUGGCUCCCCGGCUGCGGCGACGACGUCAGGCCCGCGGACGCGUUCGAGGCGUUCCAGGGCAUCAUGCUCUGGGAGGCCUGGUCCAGGCGGCAGGACCCCCACGGCGUCAUCAACGCCAACGGCGCCGGCGGCACCUGGUGCUGAGCGCCUCGCGCGCCAGAGCCCCGGUGCGCGCCCUGCCUCGCCCGAUCUGACGCGCAUUUCGCUUCGACCCGAUUUCCCGAUGCGAUGCGGACGGUUCCUGCCUCGUACCGCGGGCGACCUGGGGCUCGUCGCUCCACGAGCGGCGGCCAGCCUUUUGGCACCGCUGUCGCACGAGCUGG